CUGAUAUUUUUUUCUCAUUCUUUUUGCCCCCAUGGUCCAGCCAAAGCCGCUGUGAAUCGGCUCGAAUGCGCUUCCCACGCAGCCCCUCCAACUACAAUUGGCUCCGCUGGCUUUUCUGAUGACUCUCUUUUAUUAAACACUAUAGCUGCUAGCAGCACUUGGUUGAUUCCACGUCGUCUUGUUUCAAUCUGCUUAGCACAGUUAGUUCGUCUACUAGUGUGUUUUGAAAUUGGAAGUCAAGCUAGCGCCAUUCAACCACACUUGUUUUCUACGAGCAACGAUGAAUCUGGUGACCAGAUCCACCAUUCUGCUUGCCUCGAUGGUCGGAGCACCGAGUUGGCUGAAAUAUGGGCUGCUCACACCCUAACUAGGACCUUAUGGCCAGAACAUUUGGGCUCCGCACUUAUUGAAGAACUCUGUCGACAGCACCGUUUUACUGGGCGUACAGCAAGGCUGGUGAAGAAUUGUGUCACUAAUCUCUCUCUUGAUGCCUACAGCCUCAUGACGAACGAUCUUCUUCUUUGUCUCGUUAACCGAUGGAAUGAACUGCGCAAGCUUUCGUUGCGCAACCUGCAAUCGGCCCAGCUUUCAGCUGAGAAUUUAGCUCAAUUAUCAUGUGAUUAUUAA